UAAAGUUGAUGUUUUUUUUUAGAAUUUGUCUUGCACAAGAGGCAUAAUGAAAUUAGGAAGUGUUGAGUUUUGCUUUAUCAGCAGGGGCUCUGUGCUGAUGUAUAUGAACGUGUACCAGCUGACUGAGGUGACCCCUGCAGUGCCUAACUCAGACUUUGCAGGGGCUGGAGAGGCUUAGUCUAUUAAAUCCAGUCGACUGCAGCCCGGGAGCACAACAGGAAGAGGAGCAGUCACAGCGAGGUCGAGUCUGACUGAAGGGUUGGGAAAAGGAAGAGGACUCGGACCCUCCAGGCAACAGUGAACAUGGCCUCAAUUCUGCAGAAGCUGCUGACCCCGCUGCUCAGCGGUCCUCCUGAGCCCCCCAGGAAUAAAGUGACAGUGGUGGGCGUGGGCCAGGUCGGCAUGGCCUGUGCUAUAAGCAUCCUGCUCAGGGAGCUGGCUGAUGAACUCGCCCUGGUGGACGUGAUGGAGGACAAGCUGAAAGGAGAAAUGAUGGACCUGCAGCACGGCAGCCUCUUCCUCAAAACCCACAAGAUAGUCGCAGACAAAGACUACUCCGUGUCGGCGAACUCCCGCAUCGUGGUGGUGACAGCUGGAGUCCGUCAGCAGGAAGGAGAGAGCAGGCUGAACCUCGUCCAGAGAAACGUCAACAUCUUCAAGCACAUCGUCCCUCAGAUCGUCAGAUACAGCCCCGACUGCACCAUCAUCGUGGUCUCCAACCCAGUCGACGUGCUGACCUACGUCACCUGGAAACUGAGCGGCCUCCCCAAGCACCGCGUCAUCGGCAGCGGCACCAACUUGGACUCGGCGCGCUUUCGCUUCCUGAUGGCCGACAAACUGGGGAUCCAUCCCAGCAGCUUCAACGGCUGGAUCCUGGGCGAGCACGGAGACACCAGUGUGCCCGUGUGGAGCGGAACCAACGUGGCGGGGGUCAACCUGCAGACGUUGAACCCCAACAUCGGCACCGACUGUGACGAGGAGAACUGGAUGGAGACGCACAAGAUGGUGGUGGACAGUGCCUACGAGGUGAUCAAACUGAAGGGUUACACCAACUGGGCCAUCGGCCUGAGCGUAGCUGACCUGACAGAAAGCCUCAUCAGGAACAUGAACAGGAUCCAUCCCGUGUCCACCAUGGUGAAGGGCAUGUAUGGGAUCAGCGACGAGGUGUACCUGAGCCUGCCCUGCGUGCUGAACGGCGCAGGUGUGGCCAGCGUGGUCAACAUGACCCUGACGGAGGACGAGGUGGCCCAGCUGCAGGCCAGCGCCGGCACGCUGUGGGACAUCCAGAAGGACCUGCAGGACGUCUGAGCGGACAGCGAGGGGCAACGUUUCUCCCCCCCCCCCCCCACCCCGCUGCACCCCCCUCCCUCGGUCCCGAAACGUACGAUCACCCUGUGCAGUCACUAAACGUCACGCAGGCGCCAAACCUUUCAAUUCACUGCCUGCUGUAGAUUCACAGGCCCACGGGGGGGGGUUUAGCUGUAGGUGUCAGUUUGUGACUUAGUGGAAUGCUGCUCUUUCUUCCUUGCAGUGUGGGACACUCUCCUUUGCUUUGGUGUGUAAUAAAGGUUGUUGCUUGAACAUUUGAGGGCACGUGUUUGGGGGUCGUUCAGCAGUAGAGCAACAAAAAAAAAAAACGACGGGUGUGCUGGACGGUUUAUGCAAAACGUUACCGUGACAACUCACACCAGCGCACACUCAAAGCUCCAACUUUAAUGUUUUUUAAUCGGCACGUGGAUGGAUUUUGUGAUGCUCUGCCCUGCAGUGAAAACGGACAUAUGAUGUCAUAAAUUGGACACAUUAUCACAGACUUGAACCAGUAAAAUAACACUUAAUAAAUGCUUUAGUUCAAAUGUGUUUAUUAGAUGAACAUGUGGAUUAUUCUGUAUUCUGAGAAUGUGUGUUGUACAACAUCUGUAUGCGAGGAAAGACGAUUAAACGUAGGUAAAACAUUGUCAUGCAGUUUUGGGUGUCCUAGAAUAAAAGCUUUUAACGGUUGCGUAA